UGUUGCACCCUCUACGUCACGGUCAGUUUCUCUUACCUUCACCAUAAAAUAGACAUUCUUGCCUUUUCAUUCAUUGUAUGUUCAGUCCUUCAAACACUCCCCCUCUCUCUCACACACACGUACACUCACCACAAGUGUCUGCUGUAGUGUAGAAUGGAUCACAAGUUCAAAAGCAAAUGGGAAAACACCAACUACAACUUUGAUAAAGAUUAUGGGUAUGAUGGAAUCUCAUGGCGUCAAAGAAGCUUCAUGUGCAACUUUUGCAAGAAAGAGUACAAGUCCGCACAAGCUCUUGGUGGUCACAUGAAUGUUCACAGAAGAGAUAGAGCCAGACUGAGGCAAUCUUCACCCUCUCUUGAUCACCCUAACCCUAACCCUAAUUUCUCAUCACCACCUUCAUCUAUGAUGUGUGUACCCUUCAAGACAUUCCAUUCUUCUCUUUUCUCCCUUGAUAUUUCCUCAUCAUCUUUAACCAUGAACAAUGAAGAGACACAAACCAUGUUCCCAUUCGUACCGCAUUCGGCUUGGAACUUUCUUGGAGAUAUGAGAAAGAAUAUGAACACUGAGGAGUCUUUUGAUCAAGAAAAUGAAAGUAGGGUUUGGAAGAAGAGAGAGGGUUUUAGGGUUGAAAUGGAAAAGGGUUUGGUUAAAGAUGGAAAGAUUGAGAUGGGUUUGGAUUUGGAACUUCGACUCGGGCGAUCUUAAUUUGCUUUGUAGCAUGAACAUAAUUCAGGGUUUAGUUGUGUUCAUCAUUUAACUAUUUGAUCAGGUAAUGAUCAGUCUUCUAGGGUUUAUGUUUAUGUUGGUUUUUAACUAUGUAUGUGUUAGAUUGCAAGAUCCAUCUGUUUGCUGGCAGUGAAUUUAAUGAAGGAUAUUAAAUAUAAGUUUUAGUUUUCUAAA